AUGUCAUCACCUGCCCCUUCAAACAACACGAAGUACUACAGCGCACACCGCGGACCGGUUUUUGGCGCAGACGGCAAGUUCGACCAUUUCGCAAGACAAUGCGAUCCAAUUCAUCUCCAAAACGGGUAUUGGAAAUUCAGCACCAACGACGACGACCGACGCGCAUUCCUGCGGGGAAUGAGUGGCCCGGAGGAUGUUUUGAAAGCCCAAGAUGCAGGCGAUAGCGAUUACGACGAUAUAAUGCUGCGUUGGGUCCCAGGCGAGCUGGACGAAAGCAACAAACUUUUGGUUGGUACAGCUGCAGCGCAUUUGCAGACCAUCUGCAACGAGAGGAAGCUGCUGGGCAAGACACUAUCCUUUCGAGGUGCAGUGCCGCUCUACCCACUCUGCACCGACCCGAGACUCUUCCAGUACCGAGUAGCGAGAUACGGAAUACAGAAGGGGCUGUUACCAAAUAAUCUACUCGCGCCGACAUCGCCACCCCCAGGGAUAUCAACUUCACAAACGAAGUCGCCAAGGACGGCGCUGUUGGUCACCUCCACACCAAUCAGCAGCCAUUCUCAUCUCACCCGUCGAAGCUCCCCGACAGUAGUGACACCCGCACGGAGGCCCUCGUCGCCGUCUAUCCAGAGCGAGACUGCGCGGCCGUCAUGCUUAGAGCCAGCCGCAGCAGUCCCAUCCUCCGACCAUGCUCAGGUCCGGUCGAGCCCGUUCGUCGCCGAUAGGGAGCAUGUGGGAACAAACGCUCGCUCAGGGUCUGUCGAACAGCUGCAGACCUCUUUGGUCACGAAACAGCACUAUCGCAAUAGUUCGCCGCUCGAUCCACAAGUCAUUCAUGAGGAUGUGGCAAGCACCCCUGCAGUUGACCUGACGGACAAUCCGGCCAUGUAUCGGUCAGAAGAGCGCUCCUUGGAUGAAAACGACGACAAAGACGACAGUGAAGUGUGCUACACGCACGACAACGACGUUGCCGCCGAUGAUGCAACGGACAAUGUUGGCCAUCUGUCCCUUGCAGCUUCGACGCAUGCAGACCUCUUCCGUGCCCAGAUGGCAGCCCUCCCAUGUAUAGACUGCGGAUGUCUCGGAGCUCAUGCUUCUGAUUGCUGGAUCAAUGAGGCUACACUGAGCCUGAAGCCUGGUGAUGAGUUGACGACGGCUGAGCUCAAGCGGCUUGCCGAUGAUGUGGAGAGAUUCGAUCCAGGGCCCUGGGCAACACAUUAUGGGCCCCAGCAAGAGCUUGUGGAAGAUAUCGGGACACAUUUUAAGGGCAUAGCAGAGGCUAUCCGCAAUCUCGAUACGACUGCGGACGACCUGGAGCUGCAAGGGCUCGAAGAUCGGUUCACUGUUCUCCUCUGGGCGUUUAAGUCGGUUGGCAAGGUCCAAGUCCUUGAAAGCUACAGUGAGCAGACGGAUUUCGAGAUGCUAGACAUGUAG